AUGGCCGGGUUGGGUGCUACAUUUAGGCGCCUGGGCGCCUUGUCCGGAGCCGGGGCUUUAGGCUUGGCUACCUACGGGGCGCACGGCGCCCAGUUCCCGGAUGCCUACGGAAAAGAGCUUUUUGACAAGGCCAACAAACAUCACUUCUUACACAGCCUGGCCCUGUUAGCUGUGCCACAUUGCAGAAAGCCCCUCUGGGCCGGGUUACUGCUCACCUCUGGAACCACCUUAUUCUGCACCAGCUUCUACUACCAGGCUUUGAGUGGAGACCCCAGCGUCCAGCGUUUGGCCCCUGUGGGAGGGAGUCUGCUUCUUUUGGGCUGGCUUGCCCUGGCUCUUUGA